GCUGUCGGCUGGUGCCAAAAUUACAGCACCAGCACCAUACUGUACCUGGGUUUGCCAAGCUAAACUCGUUUAGUCUUUAGCCAAACGAUGUUCAAACGUCCCUCUUAGGAUAUAUUGCACCGAUAGCAGACGCCUACGCGCCCUCUCUUCGCCGCCCCACGCCUGCACAAGUUCAGAAGAAAAUUCCACUCAGUCACCAUGGGAAAUCUUUGUUCCAAAUCCGCCAAUCAACCGGAUAAUUUCUCCAACCCUGGGCGAACUCUGGGAGAAGACCCUCAGACGAGAUCGGAACCUGGUCCCCGACCUCGCAACUUGACCGCAACCACGCCUGGUCGCACACUUGGUGCAACUGAGGGUCCCCCAAGUCCCGAUGAUGCUCGGAGUGCGGCGGCCAGAGCUGCCGAGGAACGUGCUGCAAAAGCCAACAAGUCUGGCGGCAAGCUUUCCGCCCAACUGUCCGAACAGAAAAAGCAGACUCAAAAUCAGCUACUGAACUCUGGCUCUGAAGCCGAGCGCAGAGCUCGUGAUGCGGAUCAAGGUGCACAAGCCCGUAACUGGAACUGAGACUGAGCCAGAAGAGAGUUCAAGUUUGCGACGCGUAGAGUGGGUGUGCGAAAAAGCCAAUGCAGCCUGAAACAAGCGCCGUUGAGAACCGU